CACACACACACACACACACACACACACACACACACACACACACACACACACACACACGCUCCGGUCGGGGGAAGCGCAGCACUCGAGUGAAUCUGCACAUAUAAGGACCUUCCUUUGGCUUUCAGACGCAGGAAUGGAGCAGGAUGAAAACAACGAGGACGCUGAGCUGGCCGCGGCGAUCAUGAAGAGACACUUCCGUCCGUCGCUGAUCAGGACCGAAGCCUGGGAAGGAUACGAGUUCGCAGACAUGGAGAUCAAAAUCACGGAGUCGACGGACUGUUACGGGGCCGUUCUGUGGCCCUCGGCCAUGGUGCUCUGUCACUUCCUCGACACGCACCGGGACCAGUACAACCUGACGGACACGAGCGUCAUCGAGCUGGGCGCCGGGACCGGCCUCGUUACCAUAGUAACCAGUCUGCUGGGUGCGAAGGUGACGUCCACGGACCUGCCGGACGUUCUGGGUAACCUGAGACACAACGUGAAGCGUAACACCCGAGGACGCUGCAGACACGAGCCGCUCGUGACCGAGCUGAGCUGGGGCCGCCGGCUGGACGAGCUCUUCCCGCGGGACGCCUGCCGCUUCGACUACAUCGUGGCCGCAGACGUGGUGUACGCUCACCCGUACCUGCAGGAGCUGAUGGACACCUUCUUACACCUGAGCUCGGACCACACCGUCAUCCUCUGGGCCAUGAGGUUCCGCCUGGACCCCGAGAACAGCUUCGUGGACGCCUUCGAGAAGCACUUUGUCCUGGAGGAACUCUACGACCUGCCCAGCCUGCGGAUCAAGCUGUACCGCGCUCAGAAGAGACGCGCUUGACCUGAGCUGAGAUGUUCUCUGAUGGAGUGCUGUGGAUUGUUCUGAUGACUCUCGUUCCGACGGCACCCAUUCACUUCCAUUGCUGAGACACGUUUCUCCAGAUCUGAAGACGACACGCACUCCUCCUGAUCUCGAAUGGACAGAGCGAGCACGGUUUCAGCAAGUUCUCAUCAUUAAUAUGUAAUAAUGCACCGCUGUUAUGAUCUGUGGAGAAGCACUGGAUUCAAGCUCUGGUCCAAAAGUGCGGCAGGUUCCACGAUCUACUGCAAACCCAUCAAGUCCUGCUUCCCUCACAUUUCUGCAGUGCAUGUAAAUGUAUGAUCUUUUUUCCAUUUUCAUGUUUUUCUUUUGAUACAGAAAUUUGAUGCACAUUACUUGGAAAUAAACAUGAAACAUUGGAACGAAAA